AUGGCAUAUGACCGUUACGUGGCCAUCUGUAACCCCCUGCUUUAUACAGCUCUCAUGUCCCCGAGACUCUGUAUCCAGCUGGUGGUUGGGUCAUUCCUAGCUGGGUUUGUAAAUGGAAUGAUCCAAACUAUUACCACGUUAAAAUUAUCCUUCUGUGGCCCCAAUGUCAUUGACCUGUUCUUCUGUGACAUCUCCCCGCUGUUAUCACUCUCCUGCUCCGAUACCAGCAUCUAUCACAUGAUCCUUUUGGCCGUGGCUUGUGUGGCUGGGGUGUUCACCAGCCUGAUUAUCUUCAUCUCCUAUGUUUUCAUCCUCUCCACCAUCCUGAAGAUCAGGUCCACCGAGGGGAAGCGCAAAGGGUUCAACACCUGCACCUCCCACUUGACGAUCGUCACCAUAUUCUAUGGCACUGCUCUAUUUAUCUAUAUGCAGCCCAACACCAAACAUUCACGGGGUCAGGAAAAAGUGGUCUCAGUGUUCUAUACGAUGGUGACCCCCAUGUUGAACCCCUUGAUCUACAGCCUGAGGAACAAAGAG